AUGGCUCUGGGCGCGCGCACCGACUUCGACCCCGGGCAGGACGUGCUCCCGUGGCUGCGGGCGGCCGGCGGCGCAGGCAUUUUAGAAGCAAAUUAUGAGAGCUUGCAUGUACUAAAUGUUGAAAGAAAUGGAAACAUUAUUUAUACCUAUAAGGAUGCUAAGGGAAAUGCCAUCUUUGGAUUAUAUGACUGCCAAACCAGACAAAAUCAGCAUUUAUAUACUUUUGAGAAAGACUUAGAAGUUAUCAGUUGCUCUGUCAACAGCGAGAAAACCUUGCUUGCUGCAAGCUUGGCUCAGUAUACUCAAGGAGGAACAAGGAAUGAGCUUCAGCCAGGGUCAAACUGUUUAACUUUGCUGGCGGAGAUACAUCCCGUUAACAAUGUGAAGGUUCUAAAAGCAGUGGACAGCUGUAUUUGGGUACAGUUUCUCUACCCACAUGUUGAAAGUCGCCCUCUUUCGCAGAACCACCUGUUACUGAUCUCAGAAGAGAAAUAUAUUGAGCAAUUUCAUAUCCGAGUCACCCAAGAAGAUGGAAACAGAGUGGUAAUCACAAAUUCUGGUCAUCUCCCAAGAGACAGAAUAGCUGAGGAUUUUGUUUGGGCUCAGUGGGAUAUGUCAGAGCAGAGGCUGUACUACAUUGUCGUGAAGAAAUCAAAGAGUAUCUUGAAAUGCAUCCAGUUUUGUGCUGAUGAGAGCUUCAAAUUAAUGUUUGAAGCACCCUUGGACAUACCACUAAGUGACUCAGGAUUUAAACUUGUUAACUUUGGAUGUGAUCAUCAUCGAGACCAGGAGAAGUUAUGCAAACACCUGUCUCUGUGUGUUUUCACCAACCAUACAGGAAGUUUGUGUGUAUGUUACAGCCCGAAGUUUGACUCAUGGGAACAAAUCACAUAUUCAGUGUUUUAUCUUCAUAAAGGGUAUAGCAAGACCUUCACCAUUCCUCUGGGGAGUUCUGCCUCACACCUGACAGAGGGCAUUACUUUCCUCAACCUUGGAUAUUAUGUUGCUGUUUACUUACCUGGUUAUUUCUUUCAUUUACUUAAUAUUCAACAUCCAGACUUGAUCUGCCACAGUCUAUUUCUGACAGGAAACAACAAAAUGACCAAUCAGCUACCUCAUAGUCCUUUACAGUCGCUGUCAAGAUCCCUAGUUCUGGACAGCUGUUCUGGAAAGCUCUACCGAGUGUCCCUUGACCAGUCUUGUUUACUGCGGUUCCUCUGGAGCACCUGCGUAGACUGGGAGAAGAUGGCUGCCUUGCACUGUGUUCUGUCAUGUGGUCGAGGCCCGUGUUUCCCAGAAGGCCAGAUUAUCCAGUGGGUUUUGGAGGCUGUCUCUGCGUGCCAUUCAUUUGACCUCAUUCAGGAAUUUCUAAUUGCUUCUUCGUACUGGAGUGUAUAUCCAGAAUCGAGUAACCUCGAUGCUCUUCUGCCGUACUCCUCAGUGCUCACUUGGAACACAGACAUUCCUGGAAUAACCCUUGAGACAGAAGAGAUCACGUUGCCUCUUCUGAAGGUGCACAGCUUGAAGGGCUACUGGGCAAAGCUCAGCUCCAACUUUGAGUAUGCUAAGUACACCAAUCCCCACUUACACUAUCACAACAGCGUGGUCAGGAGAGAGUGGCACAACCUGAUCUCCGAAGAGAAAACAGGGAAAAGAAGGUCCACGGCAUAUGUGAGGAACAUUCUGGAUAAUGCAAUAAAGGUGAUUUCUAACAUGGAAGCAAAGAAUUCUGAGCCAAGGUUAAUACCCCUCCUGCAGGAGGAAGAUCACCACCAGCGGCUACUUGUGGGCUUGAUGGUGUCAGAGCUAAAAGAUCAUCUUUUGAGACAUUUACAGGGUGUGGAAAAGAAGAAAAUUGAACAGAUGGUCCUGGAUUACGUUUCAAGACUGCUGGAUCUCAUGUGCUGCAUGCUGGAAACCAGUUGGAAGAAACACAACCUGCAUUCCAGGGUUCUCCAUCUCAAUAGGCCAGGCAGUGCUGCAGAGUUUGAAGUCUUUCACCUCAUGACCAGGAUCUUGGAAGCUACUACCAGCUUGUGUUUACCUCUGCCUCCUGGCUUCCACACUCUGCAUCUGAUUCUCGGGGUGCACUGUCUCCCAACGCACAACCUGCUGCAUUUCAUUGACAGUGGAGUACUGCUUCUCACGGAAGCAGCCGGCACAAGGAUCAUGAAAGAUCUGGACAAUACAGAGAAAAAUGAAAAACUAAAAUUCGGCAUCAUUGAGCGGCUCCCUCCGCUCAUUGGUCAGAAGAUCUGUCGACUUUGGGAUCAUCCUGUGAGUUCCAACAUCCUUUCACAGAACCAUGUGACGCGACUGCUUCAGAAUUAUAAGAAAGAGCCUCGGAAUUCUAUGGUCAACAGGUCAUCAGUCCAUGUGGAAUUUCUGCCUCUGAACUACUUCAUUGAAAUCCUGAAGGAUCUAGAGUCUUCUAGUCAAGCUCUGAAUGAUUUUGAUGGAGACGACAAUGUGGAUGCAGCAUUUAUAGAAGCCACAGCUCUCAAGCAAACCACUAUGCUUUUAGGUUUAUAAAAGCAGAAAUGAAGUCCCAUCUGCAUCUAGUAUUUUAAUUUUCACUAAUUUCACUUCAUUGAUAAUUCGUUAGCAGUAUUGAAAAUCUGUAUGUACCAUGCGAGAGUAUUGAGUUUCAGUGUGGUCCUUGUCCGAAUAAGCUGCCACUACUUCACUUAGAUUGAGUCACAUGUAGAGAAAUGACAAAGGGUCCAAGAAGAUGCAAAAUGCUAGUUUAUGUUGUACUACAAAAUAUUAAAAAAAUUAGAAACAGUGCUUAGAAUAGCAAAAACUAGAUAAACCACUGACAUUGUAAUUAGCAGAAAAAUUAAAUGCUGCCAAGAGGAUUAAGUAGAACUUGAAUUUGAACUAUCUCCAAUGUAGAACAAUUUAUAACAAAUAGCAAUUUGUACAUAUGUACGGUAGGGUUUUGUCUUCAUGAUGGUUGAGAUGAAACUAUAUUUAAUAUUUUUGUAUUUGUAAAAGUUUGAUUUAUAAUUUUGUUAUUACUCAGCACUUUUCCUGACUUUCUUUUUGAGUAUAGUUUUUCUUAGAAAAACUUUUUUUUCCCAGUGACUUUCACCUGCUCCGUAAGUGCAGUUACUUUCUGGGCUUAGCUUAUAACCUACCAUUUUUCCCUUGGUGCAUGCGUGAAAUUUUAAUGAUUCUAAAUAUUAUUAAUUGGUAUGCUAAUUUAACUUCUGAAAUCAUUGUUGUCCGCUAAGAACUGUUCUGUCCUUUAGAAAUUUCCUUUAUGUUCAAAUACAUUAUGGUUACCAGGCUGAGCAUCUUGUAGCCGGAUCAGCAGUGCGACAAUAGUGUAUGUAAAAAUUACUAUCUGUUACAAGUUAGUCCAAUUCAGUUUUUUAAAAAUCCUCUUUGCGGGCUGGAGAGAUGGCUUAGUGGUUAAGGCGUUUGCCUGCAAAGCUGAUGCACAUGUCUGGAGGCCCUGGUGUGCCCAUUCUCUUCAAUAAAUAAUAAAAAAAAAUUUUUUUUAAAUCCUCUCUGCAAGCCAAGUUCUUAUGUGACAUUUUUCUUCUCAUUAUAUGUUAUUUGCAAUGGUGCACCUUUAUUUUUCUUGU